AUCAAGCCCAGUUGUUGAAGUGUCAAGCGAAGGCGAUGAUAUCCAAUUGUUCUAGACUUUUCACGAAAACCUUCGUAAUCAACAACAAACCCAGUUUACCCGUACACACAACCUUCUCUCAUCUUCUUCAGGUUCGUGCAAUGGCUUCUGAAUCUGCUGCCGCCUCUUCAACAUUCAAGAAAAUCCAGAUUCAGAGAGAUGACACAACUUUUGAUGCCUAUGUGAUUGGGAAAGAGGAUGCUCCUGGGAUUGUUGUGCUUCAGGAAUGGUGGGGUGUUGAUUAUGAGAUCAAGAACCACGCACAGAAAAUCUCUCAGUUUGAACCUGGCUAUAAAGCGCUUAUCCCUGAUUUGUACCGAGGAAAGGUUGGCUUGGAUGUUGCAGAAGCACAACAUUUGAUGGAUGGUCUUGAUUGGCAAGGUGCUGUGAAGGAUAUUCAAGCCUCAGUUAACUGGCUCAAGGCAAAUGGUUCUCAGAAGGUGAGUAAUUCCAUUUAUCCAAAACUGGGAUGUUCCUCUUAUUCAUGACAGAACUAACUGAAG